AUGUCAGAGAUCUCUCGUUCUCAAGCUGAGCAAAGGCAAGCUCAGCUCGAUGCUUCAAGACAGUGUCCGCCAUUUGGAGACGCCUGUCCCGCUCAUGUUCGAGAUCGUUGCGAAACCCUUGUGUUACGCGAUCAAAGAAGCUCUCGGGAACACACGGAUCCCCACGAUCGCGUGGAGAGCGUCUUUCCUCCUCCUCCACCUCCAUUAGAGGACUCUCGCGGUGGCCAGCGCUAUCUGGUUGAGCAGCUGUUGAACCACCGCGACGUGAACGGACGUCGGACGAGUUAUCUCGUCCGGUGGCGCGGCUAUCCCCCGUCCUGGGAUACUUGGGAGCCCCACUCCCAACUGAUGGUUGACGUACUGGGUCUGGUUGAGUAG